GCGACAUCUGGCAAUUCCCCAGUGUGGCUCUGGCCGUGGUGGAGGGAGGGUGCUUGCUGGAGGGUGGCGUCGGCAAAUUGCGUUUAUCAGUGAUCACCGAAGGAUUUAAAGGAUUAAUUACCUGCUUCCUUCACCCCCACACGCGCCCCCACCAGGGUGUCUUGGGCGGGCCGCAGGAUGUCCCCCCCGCCCCCCUUCGCCAUUAUGCCGCGCCCCCAAGCCUGGCGGCGCCCCGUGUGACAGAAGACACGCCCCCUGAUCUUCUAGUGGGAGAAAUGGAUCUUACAGUUAUUCUCCCUGCCGGCCACAGGGUGAAUAUGUCCGUGGCAAGGAGCACGCCCAUGAUGGAUUUACUGAUACAAGUAACGACGGCCCACAAAAUAAACCCUGGGGGACACAUCAUCCACCUGGUAUCAGACAACAGGCUGCUGACCUACAAGCCCUCCACGCCCAUAGGCACGCUGGACACAAGUGUAAUCAAGAUUGUACCCAAGCAUAGGCUGAACGAGGAGGCGCGGGCGCGGCGGGCACACCUUGUCACGCAGGCACAGGAGAAAAAUAUACGGCUUAAGCCAAAGGAAUACGUCUUCAAGCAACAACUCGUGGUGAAUCUGCCCCGGAACCAGCUGGCGGUGUAUCGAGUACCGCCACGCACAUUAAUUUCAGAGGUGCUGGCCAUGGUGUGUUCUGACAGAGCUAUAGAGCCUGAUACACAUGAAAUUAGACAUCCAGUUAACAUUGACGAAAAAUUACGUGGGUCCUGCACUCUAGCGGACUACCAACUGCAGGAGGUCAGCCUGGUGCCUCGUGACUACCAGGCGCCCCCUUUAAGUGUUACUGACCUGAUCACCAUGGCUGCUAUUACCUCCACCUCAAGGGAAACUGGCGACGGAAAAAGGCGAGGUUUAAUGUCCCUCUUCACUCGUCGAGCCAAAUCGCUUGAACGUGCGGGCGUGCGGGCGCGGGGCGUGGCUGCCAGACGCGCCCGUGGCCUCCUGGUGGGCGCGGGUGUGUGGAUGAGGCGCUGUUUCAGGCGGGGAGAGCAGCGUGUCUUCCGGAAGUGCAGGGGAGCGAAGCGUGAGCCCGGCCAGGUCUGAUGGGUCGGGGGAGGGGGAGGGGGUGGGGGGGCCGGGGGCGGGCCUCCCUCACCCCCUCCUCCUCUUCCACCACCACCCUGACCCCCGCUACUGCCGCCGCCCCUCCCCAGCCCCGCCCCCGUAAGAGAC